AUGGAGGGUGAGGAUGAGACGUACCUGGACCUCUACCUGGACCAGUGUGCCGGCCAGGAUGACCUCACCCCUGCUGGGUCACCCCUGCUCCAUCCGCUUGUGCCAUAUGAUGUCUACAUACCUCACCCAUCCAAUCCAGAGAUUGCAUCUAAUUCACAUCUUGAAGUCCAAGAAACAUCUGGCGAUUUCUCGUCUAUGGAUCUUAGCUUCCUCCCAGAUGAACUUACCCAAGAAAAUAGAGACCAGACUGACAUUAGAAGCAAGGGUGAAACUGAAGAAAGUGACAAACUUUACAGUCAGCCAAAGGGGUCACGAUUACCUGGCCAGCAGCCUGUUGACUUGGGCUUAACCAGCAGCAAUUUGCUGGAUUCCCAGUGCCAUGAACAUCCAGGUGAUACAGACUCAGUUCCUCUGUCUCCUGAUAAACCAAGCUCCUUGCCUCUGACAUCCAUAACUCCCAUGACACCUAUGAAUGCUGUUUCAGAAUGCUCUGGAAUGAUGCCUCAAUUGCAAAAUAUAGUUUCCACUGUAAACCUAGCCUGUAUAUUGGAUUUGAAGAAAAUAGCCUUACACGCAAAAAAUGCAGAAUAUAACCCAAAGCGGUUUGCUGCUGUCAUAAUGAGGAUCCGAGAGCCCAGGACAACAGCCCUUAUAUUUAGCUCUGGGAAAAUGGUCUGCACAGGAGCCAAAAGUGAAGAGGAGUCUCGACUUGCAGCGAGGAAGUACGCCCGUGUGGUGCAGAAGCUUGGCUUCCCUGCCAGAUUCAUGGAUUUUAAAAUUCAGAACAUGGUUGCGAGCUGCGAUAUGAGAUUCUCCAUCAGGCUGGAAGGCUUGGUGUUAACUCAUCGGCAGUUUAGUAGUUACGAACCAGAACUGUUUCCUGGUCUUAUUUAUAGAAUGGUAAAACCACGAAUUGUAUUGCUUAUCUUUGUAUCUGGAAAAGUUGUGCUGACAGGUGCCAAAGAAUGCUCUGAGAUCUAUGAAGCAUUUGAAAACAUCUAUCCUAUUCUAAAAUGUUUUAAGAAAUCCUGA